GAGCAAUUCGACGAUCGAUCGACGAGGGAGGUGGUAGUGAAGCAAGGAAGGCAGGCAGAUAGAGGGUCGGUGAGUCGGCGGGGCGCGGGAGCGCAAGUAUAGGGCUUGACAAGUUUGUGUGAAGAAGUGGGAUCCAGGAAAGCGCAGGGCUGGAGAUGGUGAGGGUUGAAUCCUGUUGGAGAUUUGGCUGAGAGCUCUCUCUAGGAUCGGGAGUCUGUCUUGGUCCCGAGAGGGUUUUGGUUGAAUCCUUUUUGAAAGGAGGCAUUUCAAAGUGUGGCGGGUGGAGGAUGAGGCCAGCAUGUAGGAAGAGUCGGAGAAGGUCAGAGAGUUUGGACGGUGGAGUUGCAGAAGGGGUGCGUUGAUUUGGUGUCAGGAUGCUCGACGAGUAAGUUGAGGAGGGAUUGGAAGGAAAGGGGAAGCAGACUUAUUCGUUGGCAAUUCGGCAGUUAUUUCUCCUUGUAGCUUCAUCCGGGAGGCCAUGACAGAGCGGCAUUAUCAACUGAUGGCUAGGUCCGCUGGAACUCAACUCUUACGCGCGCAAGGGGCCCAGAUAUAUUCCCCAACGCCCUACGCGGAUGCGAGAGCACACGACCCUUACUACUCGCAAGGCAAUCACUUAAAUUCGCACUAUGCUCAGAGUGCAACCCAAGUCGGCGGUCGUUUUGAUUAUUAUCUGCCUUCAGAGUCUCAAGACAUUCGAGCCCAAUUGAUUUCCGAACGCCGAUCCUCGUUACCAGCUGCUUACGCAGAUCCAAAUCAAACUUAUGCCGAUCAUGUAGAUCCUCGAGCUCUCUCAGCCAGACCCGGUAUGGGCGAAGUGCUUCCUUACCCUUCAACGCAACGCAGAAGGCAUCCGCAAUCCGGUGCAGCAGCUGCGUUCGGAUCAACAAAUUUACUACGGGCUCGCCGAGCAGAAAUCGUCGCGGCAUAUGGUCAACCUCCGGUAGGUGCGCGUUUGGGCCGGCUCGGGAAUUCGGGCGAUCCUGGAAUGAGUAAGGAAGGAAGUGCAUCGGCCGGAGCAUACGCCAAUGGCCCACGGAGGUUCUCCGGAUCCUCGUACGAAGACCAAGAAUUGCCCGUUUCGCGUGUCGGCACUGGCACUGGCCAGCACGGUGUUCUCGGCGCGGGCGCCGUGGCAAGACAGGGCCGCGACUUCGAGCGCUACCUGUUGGCCGUGCAGCCGGAGAAGCUGGUCAGAUACGCGGCCGCUUGCUUGUCACCGGAGCCGGCGAUCAAGAGGGCGAGGUAUGCGAUGAUGGCGAACAACGUCGCUCCUCCGCCCGAAGUGGACAUGUACUCGAACUAUCGUCAGGCCAAACUGCGUCGAGUCGGCGCCGCGGAACCGAAACCUCGUUCCGACAGACCGAAAGUCGGCAGUGGUGGUGGCGGUAGCGGUAGCGGUAGCGGGGCUCGACGCGAGAGGGAGAAAGAGCCCCCUCGAGAAAGAAGGCGGAAAGACGACGAGCGGGCCCUCGACAGCAGCGAGAAGAAAAUCAACAGCCCCCCCGGCCCCGGCCGCGCCAACAGAGUCGAGUCCAGUGCACCGAAGAGCGCCGACGGUAACCGCGCAGACCAACCGCGUAAUGGCUCCCAACCUUCCGAAGGCGGCCCUCGUUCACCGGGAGCGACGAAGGGCAGUACGGGAUCCAAACGGCCUACGGUCCCGGAGUCCGGGCACAAGGACGAGAACCACGUCGACUCGGACAAAGAUUCCGAGCUCGGCUCGCUGGGCGCCGAUCUGUCGGACUUCGAGGACGAGAAGAGCAGAAGCAAGAAGACGAAGAAGAAAGCGUCGGAGGAACCUGAAGCCGUGAUCGAUGCGCCGCUGGAUGGAAUGAUUUUCGGGUGCUCUUCUGUCACGUUUUACGAGUGCAUGAGGCUGCAACUCUUCGGGCUGCCGACCAAGAACAAGGACGAGGUCAUGCGAGUGGCUCCUGGAACCAAGCUGUUUCUCUUCAACUUUGAUACCAAAGAGCUUUCGGGCGUCUUCGAGGCCAUUUCUUACGGCGGGAUGAUGAUAAAGCCGGAUGCUUUUCGAGACUUCGGCUCCUUCCCUGCACAGGUACAAGUUUGCUGCGUUGAGCAGUGUCCUAAUCUUCGCCUGGUUGAUUUCAAGCCUGCCAUUAAGGACAACUUUCUGAACGGCUUCAAGUUCAAAUUUACUCUCAGUGGCUCCCAGGUGAGGGAUCUGAUCAGGCUGUUUCGAAGAGCAGCUAAGUAUCAACACCAACAUUUUCACCAGCGGCCUCAGGACGGUUUGGUGCAGCGCUAUGUACAUGAGCAGAUUCCACCCGAAGACUAUCUUCUGAGAAAUUCUCAGCGUCGGAGGCAAACUUACCCUCAACACUCUCAGGCGAGUUUCGGAUUGUCAAGCAUCUCAUGUGCCAGGGUUAUGCAUUUAUCAUCCAAGAGUAAAGCACGUGAGUCAGAGGAACCAUCACGGAAGAUGGCCCGGAAAGGAAGAAGAAAGAGAAGAAAAGUUGAAAACGAACGCUCAAAGUCUCCCAAGGCAGAUAACUGCAGUUCACUUAAUCAACCAGAGGAGAUGGGUGAGGCAGAUGUUGCCAAAAAUGCUAGCCUUACCCGUGAGGCGGAUGACAUCUCUAACACAAACCUUUCUGUUGUAGUCAGGGAGGUCAAUUUUACGGAUAGUUCCAAAACCCUUUGCCAGCCCAAAGAGAUUCUUGAGGCUGUUGAUGCCAUACUCGAUAACAAGGGGAGUGACUCAUCUGAGCCAGAUCAUGAAAUAGGUAAUAGCAAACCUGGGGAGUUUCCAGGGCUUCAGAAUGACCAUGACGAUUGUGAUGGCAAGCAGGUUUCUUUAGUAGAAGAGAGUUCUAAUGAUGGAAAAUGCGGGCUGGCAGGUGGGCGAAGUGAAGAACAGGGAAAGGGCCUUAAUGUACUCAAAAGGGCCCUGGACAUCCGUGGAAAUGUGAUAACCAAGUCAUCAGACUCUGCUCCUUCCUCUUCCGGGGUGAUCGAAGGUCUAACCCCUAGCGAGGUUCCAGAGCUUUCUUUGAAUCUGAGAUCACCAUCAGAUGGCACUGUAACAGUGGAAGGUGAAGAUCGGAUUCUGGACAAAGUAGCAUUUUCUCAAGUGUCUGAUGAUGUUUUGGACGUGGAGGAGACCGGGAAGAUCCAGAACUCAGCAGCUGGUUGUGAAGCAAGUGCCUGGGAUGAAGAGGUUAAGGAAUCUCUCACAGAAGGCUCUCGUCAUCCACUCGUAGAAGAUUCUGGGGGGGAUUAUGAAGAGAACGUAUGGGUACGUCCUGCUUUUAUCGUGGAGACAAGCGUCGAAGAGUCAAGAUACACCAUCUCGUCAGUCUCUGAUUCUGACCACGCUUACGAUAACGGAGGGCAAGGCCUAGAAGGUUUAAAAGAGCACACUGAGACCAUCUCUAGCUGUAGAAAGGAAGGUGACUUCGGAGUUCCGACUGCACAACUGAAGGAGUACGCGGAAAUUUCAGACAAGCAUGAAGGGAACGGUGAACAAAACUGUAAGUCCACAAACUUGGUGAAAACCAGCAACGAGUGUGAGACGGAGACAUGCCAUUUGAAUGAUGUGAUCUGUGAUCCUGUAUCUGUGUCUCCUGAAGUUGUGGAGGCCGAAGAGAUGGUGGACAUUGGUGAUGACGAUAUUGAGUGUGAGAUUCCUCAGUGUGAAGAGGAUGCAGUGAAUGAAAUGGAGGUCGGUGAUCGUGAUGUUCCUGGUGUCGAAGAUGUAGAGCAGGUAAUAGAGGUCGGUGACAAUGAUGGUCCCAACGUUGAAGAUGUGGUGCAGGAAGUGCAGGUUGAGAAUGAUGUUUUUGAAGGUCAGGGGCUACAAAAUCUUCGUGAAGAGGCACUGGAACCGGUGAUCCACGACGCUGGAAUCAUUGUCGUAGAUCUCAACCUUCCUGAAGCUGAAGCUGCCGUGGACGAAGAGGAUGCCAUAGACGACGAAUCUAGCUCAGAGAUUCCUCAGAUGAGUGAAAGUGAGGGUGAGGGUGAGGAUGACGAGGUACUGCGAUCGGCUGAUGGCGUUAGUUCGGAGAACCCUGACGAGAUGGAGGUCGAAGAUGAGGAAGUGGAAUGUCUUGAAAAUUUUCCGGCCAGUGAGCCGCAUCAGCUUCUUGAACAGGAAAAAGAUUUGGUGAAAGCGCCUGAGAAGGAUAUCCAAUUCCAAGUUUCUGAAGCCCGUGAGGACGCAGACGUAUUCAACACAGCUCAUGAUGAUCGGAAUUCUGAACAAGAAAACCUUCCUCAUGAAACCCGAACUGUCAGUCAUGAAGGAGGGCCGAUGAACGAGUUUGGGAGGUCUGUGUACGAUGAUACUGAAAGUGAGAGUGAAGAUCUCCAAAACACUGAAGCCGGAACUGAACAGAAAUUUCCGUGCAAAGAAAUUAAUCUCCAAAACUGCUAGAUGACUGUGCCACGUAGCAGAGCUUGUGUACGACCAUCUUGGACACAUCGCCCUACUAACAGGAGAACCAUCGGCAUUGCAGCGAAAGUAGUUGCUCUAUUGUAGUUUGACUCUUCCUCCAUCAUUGUCCUUUGUAUAGUAGGCCCAGCACAGAAGUAAGGACCUGAGGAAACGGGAUCUCAGUCUAUAUCUCGCCAGAAAUAUUUGCACGAGCCAAACAUUAUAUACCACGUAAUUAAUAAAAUGUGGUCGCCAAGCUCACCAGAUGUUCUUAGACACCCUUCUG